AUGAACAAAGGAAAGAUGAUGAGGAAAUUACUUGGACAAACUGCUACAACUGUCGAGGCUUCCGACAUCAACAAUGACUCGCCUCAACUCCGACCGACUGCUUCACAGGGUACCGUCUAUUCAGCCGGCGCACCACUUUCAUGUCUUGGUCGCGCCCCGGAUGGUUCGCGCGCCGUUAUAGCUGGACCGAAAGUCUUCAAGAUCGUCAAAACAGAAGGGUCGAAAAUUACAGAGGAUAUUGAUCUUCGCACCUCGAUAUCUGCAUAUCCCACAGGGCAUGAUGGUACGGCAGCUACCUCAGACCAACUUAAUAUUAGGGCCGUUCGAUGGUCUCAUACGCAAUUCAGCUCUACGAUAGUUACAGCAGGUGGAAAUGGAAGGAUAACGGUCUAUGACCUCAAUCGUGCAGGAGGAGAAGGAUUCGAGCUUGCGCGAAUUCAGGAACACCCUCGACAGGUUCAUAAACUUGCGAUCAAUUCAUUCAAGGGGAAUUGGUUUUUGUCAGCCAGUCAAGAUGGAUCGGUCAAGUGUUUCGAUUUGCGUGACACCCGUCGAAGUGUGGCUACUUAUAAAUGUAACGCAGAUGCUGUCAGAGAUGUGAAAUGGUCGCCAACGGAUGGCAUGGAGUUUGCUUGCUCCACGGAUGCUGGGAUCUUACAGAAAUGGGACUUCAGGAAGUCAUCUGCUCCCAUUAUGAAGAUAACCGCUCACAAUAGUGCUGUCUUUUCAAUUUCAUGGCAUCCGGAUGGAGAUCAUAUUAUAAGUGGAGGCAAAGAUCAGCAAUGUCAUGUGUGGGAUAUGUCAAAGUCGGAGAGGGGCCAAAGGCCUCGAUAUUCCUUCACCACACCCGCGCCCAUAUCGAACGUCUGUUGGAGACCUGCUUGUUGGACAGCCACCGGUCAGGGGAAGAGAGUUGCCCAAGUUGCUGUUUCUUAUGAUGACACCAGCGCCAAUAGAGCCCAAUUUUCGACGGUACAUCUAUGGGAUAUCGCGAGGUCUGCCAUGCCAUUCAAAGAAAUUGAGGUGUCAAAUAGCGCGCCCACGGGCAUACUCUGGAGCACUCGAGAUCUUUUGUGGAGCGUUGAUAAAGACGGUCACUUUGUGCAAACAGAUGUCGCAUUUUCACCAAAAGUUAUCGAUCGUAGAAGUUUAUCAACAUUUUCUUUCUCUCCUACAGGUGAUGUAUUGAUGUUAAUGGAGGAGAGACAAGCUCCUAAACGCGUUCGGCCUUCUAUUAAUUCUCCAGAGUUAUCUUCGAGCUCUCAGCAGCACUCGAAUGCUCCAUCUUUUGCUAUAAGUCAUAGUGACUCCGAGGAGGAUGUUGUUGGCAGUUUUUUAGGCCCAAGAAGACGAAAGCAUCAUCGAGGACAGCAUAGUGGACGACUGACACAGAACCUGAGCACUACUCCACCAAAUCCAACAGGAAUGGCCGACAGCAGAGUAAUGAGACUAGAAGACGCUGUACAAAUUACUGGUGUUUAUAAGCCCCAACAAGUCAUGGCUAUUGGCCAUGCUCCCUCGACACCAAAGCGUGCGAAAUACCAAUAUAUGUCUAGAUGUUAUUUGGAAUAUUUGACGAAGAACGCCAUUGAGGCAGCCGAUAGCACUCCUUUGAAUCUCACCAUUUCAACAACUAUAGAACACUUUGCUAAAGGUGCCGAGUACGCAAGAUACUAUCGGCUGGCUCAAACAUGGAGACUCCUUGGUUUCACGAUGGAUCUUUUACUAGUUAGACGUGCGGAGUUUCAUCGCCAGCACAGACUACAGAAUCUCUCGCGCAAAGAUUCGGGACCAAAACGUAUCGAUAGUUCUACGAAGGUUGAUGAACUUGAUGAGUCAAAUGAAAAGACCCCCCGAAAGAAUCAACGCCCUGCUGCCUCGAAUGAAGUGGCCCUUCAUCCCGCGGUGAGAUCAAUCAUUGCGGAUGAGAUUGAAAGCACUUCGAACGUGACAACGCCACUUGUGCGCCCUGUUAUGGAUUCUAUUGCAGAAAUGUCGGAAGCGAUAAAUACACCAAUGGUAGGAAAUGACACGUUGGUACUUCCACCACCCGUCACCUCGACAGUUCGUGAGCCGAUACCUGUACCAGUGACUGGUAGUUUUACCUCUGACCAGACAACAUCAAGUGUAGAAGGUUAUGACUUUUAUGGUAUGGAUGCUUUCAAACCAGCCGUCGAUUUUGUUCCGCCUAAGAAACAGCCUCUUCGUUUAGACUAUUCGGAGCAAAAUAGUUACGCUCAGAGAAUGGGUCUCAUUCGUCAUGAUUCUGGGGAAAGUUUUCAGAUGUUUUCAACAUCGAAUGAUUCCCAGUCCAAAUACCUUGGUGGGGGUUCGGAUAGUGAUGCUCAUAGUGUGAGGAGAGAUGAAUCUUUGCGAGAGAGAGUUUCUAGUUGGGAAGGCAAUGUUGCUGGACAUUCCAAGGGUACAUCGAGUCUCAAUUCUCGCCCAUCCGAAGAAUCCAUUGAGAAUACAUCUGAAGCAGUGCCAAAAAUUGUAGUUCCAGCCCCGAAGAUUACUUCGCCAGUCCAAACUCAUCGCAAAGUUCCUCCAACACCGAAGACAAUUGAACCCGCCUCUGAAAACGUUUCUUCCGAUCCAAACCUCAUCGAAACGGAUUUCCUUCCUUGGCCCAGCGAUGAUGACACCGAAUUUGUUAUUCCUCCACUAAACCCCACCACUCUUGUUCAGCGCGCUAUCGAAUUCGAAACCCAAACUGGCGCUUUGAACGCAGCUGCAAUGGUCCUCCUCCUUCGACGUCUCCUUCCUCCUGACGUCAUUGAUCCAAUCCAUGCUGAAGCCAUCCUCCGCCAAUACAACCAUCGACUUAUGAGUAUGCAACUCUGCUACGAAGCAACUCUCCUCCGAAACCUGUGCGUCCCGCUCUACUCUUCGAUUUUUGCGUCUACACAGGAACAAGUCAGUGUCGGUUUCUACUGCACAGAGUGUAACAAACCUCUUGAAAAUGACCCGCUCGUCCCUGGCUCGGAAUGGUCCUGUCCCCGUUGUCGCAAUCCCAUCAUGGCUUGUCCGGUUUGUCAGCAUGGGGAUGAUGUCCCGGAUAGUCAGGGGCCACAGACGUGGUGGUAUUGUGGUGGGUGUGGACACGGUGGUCAUACAGCUUGUAUGGGAGAAUGGCAUGGCGAUCAGGGCGACAGAUUCAGUGGAGGAAUGUGCCCGUUGGAGGGCUGUAUGCAUCCUUGCUUGGAGGGAAAGUGGAGGGACGAAUUGGUAGAGGAAAGGAAGGAGAGGAGGGCCAGGGAGUUGGAGAGAGAGGUUAAGGAACGCACUGCCGGGCCAGGUCUUGCAGGUAUGGGUAGGUGGGAUAGAGGAAAGAGCGUUAGGAGGGAUGUCAGGGAGGUGGGUCAGAGUCGGGCGGUGGAGGGUGUGAGAGUUGCAUUGGGCUUUGGUGGGGGAGGCGCUGGUAGUGGUCCUGUGGUUGAAAGGAGAAGAAGCGUUAAGGUUUUGGCGCCUGGCGAGGAGAAUACACCACAAUGA